AUGAAGUAAUAGAUAAUAGUUAAAGAAUAGAAAGAAUAUGAUGAUAAAAUUAAAGAAGAAAAGUUAAAAAAUAAGAAAAUAAUGAUAUCGACAAGAAAAAAAGAGAUUUUAAAUGAGUAUAUUAUUUUAUAAAUGAAUGGCACUGAUAUAAUAUUCUCAGCUUUAAGUUCAUAGCCAGAGAAUCUUCAAAUUGAAUUAUAGGCAGAACAGCAAAACGAAUAUGAAAAAGAAUACUUGGAAGCAGAUUUGGUUUCAAGAAUACGAACUAGAAAUCCUAGUACCAACAAUUUCACAAUAAAAUCAACAAUAAAUAUUGAUACUCGCAGAAAUUGUGAAGUAAUUAUUUAAUCCUUAUAAAGCCAUUAAUCAACUAAGAUGAUGAUAACAAAAAAAAUACAUGUAAAAAUGCAGGCACGAAUCUAAUGAAAUAUUUUUAUCUGAAACGAUUCAUUUAACGUAUUAGAAAUAGUAGAACUAAGUUAUCUAAUGUCAAUGAAAAUCAUAUCAAACUAAUUAAUGAUAAUUCAAGUGAUAGGUAUCAUCAAUAUUAUUUAGUUAAGUGAUGAUGUAAAUUCUUAAAUUAAACAAUCACCCUCAUUUUUAAAUUCGAAAUGUUACUAAAUUAUUCAGAGAGAAUACUCUAUCAUCUCAUGAAAAUUCACUUAUCAGUUGGAUCAAAGAAAAAUCUUAAUAAAGCAGAAAACAUCUUUAUGAAAUUCUAUCUAAAAUACCUUAAAUACAUCCUGAAUCUCUUAAAAAAAUUGUUUGGGAUUAUUGGACUAUUCUUUUUAGGUUGCUUUUAUUAAUAUUAAUUCCAUUAGAAAUUGCAUACAACCCUUAAAUUUUAUUUGACAAGUUAAUAGGACUUACUGUUUCUAUUAUCAUUAUUUUAAUUAUUGAUAAUAUAUUCAGAUUAAAUACCAUAUGCUACUUGAGUGGAUAAGCAGUCUAUGAUAGAUGGAAGAUUAUUUAAGUCAAUUUAAAUCUUUAAACUGUUUCAGACUUAGCUUUAAUAUUUUUAUUAAUCUAUUUUCUUUAAAAUGAAGGAAAUUAAUUUUAAUAUUUAGUACUUUUAAUAUCACUUACACAACACUAUCAAAUUAACUAAACGUUAUAAAAAAGUGAAGAAUCCUAAUAUUUCACAAAAAAAUAAAAAGCAUUCAUUAAUUUAUUUAAGCUGCUUAUCUAUUUAAUAUAUGUUUUGCACUUAUUUUCUUGUAUAUGGUUUUUUAAUAGUUCAUUAAACUAAGGAAAUUCUUGGAUUAUUUUGAAAGAAUUAGAUCAUUAACAAUGGCAAUUUUAAUAUUUAGAAGCAUUUUAUUUUGCUAUUGUUACUAUGCUUACGAUUGGAUAUGGUGAUAAUGUACCAAAAACAUGGAAUGAAAAAAUUGUUGCUAUUUUUUUUAUAUUAAGCGCUUGCUUAUGGUUUUCAUACAGUAUAAAUGCUAUAGGCACUAUUAUUAAAGAAAUCAAUUAAAAUUUUAUGGAAAGAAGCAAAAAAAUUAGAGUUAUCAAUAGAUAUAUGCAUUAAAGAAAUAUACCUUUUUCUUUGUAAUACAAGAUCAGAGAAUAUUUAACUUUUAGAUGGAAAGAAGAAGCUGAAAUUGAUUUAUAAUAGGAAGAAACUUUAUUGAAUGAAUUAUCUGAAGAAUUAAAAUAAGAAUUGAAAAAAUAAGCUAAUAAUGUUUUUUUUAAACAUUGUGAUUUUUUAUUUAAAAAUUUCAGUUUAGAAUUAUAGAAUUCUUUGUCUCCAUUUAUUAAAAGGAAAAUAAUCUAACCUUAGAAUACAUUCUCUAUUUAUACUUUAAGUGAUUUUUAUUAACCUCAUUUGUGUUUUGUUGAAUAAGGUUAAUUGCAAUAUCAAAAUAUUUUAAAUGUUUCUUUGAAAAGUGUUUAGAAUCAAGGUUAGUUUUUAGAAGUAUCAGAAUUCAUAGAAGAGAAUGAUAAUGCAUAAACUUUCAAAGCUAUAGGAUAUGUAAGUUUACUUGUUUUAAGUAAGGUAAUAUUUUGUUAUUUAAAAAUUUUAGUAAGAUUUCAUGUCUAUUAUACGUUAAUAUCCAAAAGAUUACUAAAAGUUUUGUAAUUUAAGAGAUUAGUUUGUACUUCAAAUAAAUCGUAAACAUUUAAUAUAUGGAUAAUAUUGUGCUGCUUGUAAUACCAAUAAUCAUGGAUUAAAGGAAUGCCCAAACUUAUCUUUAAGUAUUGAUAGAGAAUUGAUCAUCAAAAGAUAUCAAUAUACUCAAGAAUAAUAGAGAUAAUACAGAAGGAGAUCAAAAAAAAGAGGAAAAACAUCUUUUUCAACAAGAUGUGAUAGAGAAAUCAUAGAAUAAUUUUCUAUUUAUUUUUAAAAUGAAUAGCCUAAAUUAGUUUAAAAUUAAUUAUCAAAAUAAUUAACUUAUGAGUAAGAUUUUGAUGAUGCAAAGUCUGAUAUUAAUGAAUAAUCUCCAAUUAAUAAAACAUUUCAUUUUAAAAGAUAAGAAUCAAUAUAAUUACCAAGAUGUUCUUUGUAAAGUGGAGAAGCCAUAUCACUUUAGAAGUAAAAUAAUAUAAAUGACUCUAUUGCAUCAAGUGAUAAUAACUCAAUUUUAAAUUUGAAAUUAUCUACCAGAUAAUAAUGUAUGAUAACUGCAAAUAAAUUUAUGUCUGCAAAAUUAUCAAAAUAUAAAAAAAUGUGCAUUUAAUAAAAUCCUAAAAUUGCAUUAAUUGAUACUGAUGAAUCAUUAAAGAUUGAUAUAUAAGAUUGCAUAUAUUAGAAUAUUGAAUUAUUGUACAAUAAAAUCUUCAAUGAAGAAGCCAUAAUACCUUUUGAUAAAUCAAUACAAGAUUUAUAAAUUUUAUAUUUUUAAUUAAAAGCAUAGUAAGGCAUAGAAUAAUUUGAAAUUGUUAAAAACUUUAGUUCAUAUAUGAUUAGUCAUAAUAUUGAAAAUAUUGUAAUAUAAACAGAAUAGAAACAUCAUACUUUGCUUUUAAAACCUAUUAAUCAAUUAAUAAGAUUUAUGUAUUAUCCAUAUGAGUUUAUAAUGAAAUUUUAAAAGAUUAAGACCUAAAGAUUGAAAUUAUUAAAUUUUUACAAAAAAAGAUCAUUUAAGAAUAUGAAAUAGAAAUAAUAAAAAAUAAAUGAUUUAGUAAGAAAAUGGGAGACACCAAGGAAAUCAUAUCGUUUUAGUGUGAUAAUUCCAAAUGAUGAAUGA